CUCAAUGUCCCAAUCCCUCCCCUCCCGUCCCCUCCCCUCUAGCUUGGAACUCAAUAAGUUAAAUACUGCUGGUUGCCUGGUUUUGCUUAUAAGUAGAUAGGCAGCUGUGGAUUCAACAGUUGAAGAGAGAGAUGGUUAAUAUGAUCAAUAGAGCAGUGGUAGCUGCCUUCUUCAUUUCCAACAUAGUUCUUGGGUUUGUUUUGACUGAGACAACGGCUUCGGACCAAACUCCGUCCGUCAUCAUCGUCGGAGCCGGCAUGUCCGGGAUAUCAGCUGCCAAGACCCUAUCAGAUGCAGGGAUAAAGGAUAUUUUGAUACUGGAAGCUACAGAUCGUAUAGGUGGUAGAAUCCAUAAGACUAAUUUUGCAGGUCUUUCAGUGGAGAUGGGAGCCAACUGGGUUGAAGGAGUUGGAGGAAGUGAAGUGAAUCCCAUAUGGACGAUGGCCAAGAACCUCAAACUCAAGACUUACCAUUCUGACUAUGAUAACCUAUCCUCCAACACUUACAAACAAAAAGGUGGACUCUAUAAGAAGUCGGUGGCUCAGGCAUCUUUAGAUAGGGCAGACGAGGCAACGACGUUCAGUACUAAUUUGUCUCUUUCUUUGUCUGUACACAGAGAUGAAGAUAUCUCUGUCUUGGCAGCUCAACGACUUUCGAACCAUGUUCCAUCGACGCCAAUCGAUAUGGCAGUGGAUUACUACGGAAAUGAUUACGAGUUUGCAGAGCCACCAAGGGUUACAAGUUUGCAGAACACACGGCCUUUGCCCACCUUCACUAACUAUGGAGAAGAUGUAUACUUCGUUGCAGAUCCAAGAGGUUACGAGAGCGUUGUACACUUCGUUGCCAAACAGUUCCUUACCACCAAUAAUGCCAGCCUCAUCACAGAUCCACGUCUCAAGCUUAACAAGGUGGUGAGAGAAAUACGCUACUCGAGGAGUGGAGUGAUCGUAAAAACAGAGGACGGGUCAAUAUACAGAGCAGGUUAUGUGAUGGUUUCAACAAGCAUUGGUGUCUUACAGACCAAACUUAUCAAUUUUCAGCCAGAUUUGCCAUCGUGGAAGAUCAUGGCCAUGUACCAAUUUGACAUGUCUAUCUACACCAAGAUAUUCCUCAAGUUCCCCUACAAAUUCUGGCCUACAGGAAAUGGCACUGAGUUCUUCUUGUAUGCUCAUGAGCGGCGAGGAUACUACACCAUUUGGCAGCAAUUGGAGAUGGAGUACCCAGGAGCCAAUGCCCUUCUAGUAACUGUAACCGAUGACGAAUCAAGAAGGAUAGAGCAGCAACCAGAUUCUGCAACGAAGGCUGAGAUCAUGAAGGUGUUGCGAGAUAUGUUCGGCAAUCACAUCCCUGAGGCCACAGAUAUAUUGGUCCCAAAAUGGUGGUCGAACCGGUUCUUCAAAGGAACUUUCUCAAAUUGGCCCAUUGGAGUCAGCCGUUACGAGUUCGACCAGAUAAGGGCACAAGUUGGAAGGGUGUAUUUCACAGGAGAGCACACUAGUGAGCACUACAAUGGAUAUGUGCAUGGUGCAUACCUUGCAGGUAUUGACUCUGCAAAUAUGAUGAUCAAUUGCAUCAAGAAGAAAAUGUGCAAAUUCCAGAACCUGCCUAAAGGGACUUAAGUGUGAUCUUGCUCUUUCUUUUUUUUUUUUUUUUUUGGGAUUUGGAGGGGAAAGGGUGUUAAGGUUGUACCAUCAUUUCCCAUGAACGAUUUUUCAGAGCUUAGCUUAAUUUGCAUUCUAUUCUGGCAGUAAGAGAUGCUCUGCAUCAAUUUUCUGCUUGAGGAAAGUAAAAUCAAUGUCUUUAAGAUUUUACAAUGAGAUUGCAGGGUUUAGGUAA